UUGGAAUUUACCCGUUAGCAAAACUCGCUAAGUGAAUAACACGGGAUUAGCCAUUGCUAGCUGUUGCUUAGCAGAUAGCAGUAGCUACAGAGAAGGGCAGGAGAAGUUUUUAAUCACAUUUAGCGAUGUUUUUAGCGGUUUUAAAACCUGUACUGGGCCUGAGAUCUGUUUACAGACUGCAGAGGAUACGAGCACACAUGAUGAGCAGUACGGCGAGCUCUGAGGUUCUGUUGGAGAAAGUGGGGAAUGCCGGCGUGAUCACGCUGAACAGACCGAAAGCCCUGAACGCGCUCAACCUCUCCAUGAUCCGAGUGCUCACUCCCCAGCUGAAGAAAUGGGAGAACGAUUCAGAGACAGGUCUUGUACUCAUUAAAGGUGCUGGAGGUAAAGCUUUCUGCGCUGGAGGAGACAUCAGAGCUGUUACAGAAGCGGGUAAAGCGGGAGAUUCGUUAGCACAGGACUUCUUCCGUGAAGAGUACAUUUUAAACAACGCUAUAGGGACUUACAGGAAGCCAUAUGUGGCUCUCAUUGAUGGAAUUACGAUGGGAGGAGGUGUUGGGCUCUCGGUCCACGGGCGCUUUCGUGUGGCCACGGAGAAGACGCUGUUCGCGAUGCCAGAGACGGCCAUCGGAUUAUUCCCUGAUGUCGGUGGAGGCUACUUCCUGCCGAGGCUCCAGGGAAAGCUAGGUCUCUUCCUCGCCCUGACGGGGUUUCGGCUCAAGGGUCGAGACGUGCAGAGGUCAGGAGUCGCCACGCACUUCGUCCAGUCAGAGAAGAUCUCGGCUCUGGAGAAGGAUCUGGUGGGUCUGAAGUCUCCUUCGGUCGGCGACGUGGCUGCAGUCCUCGACUCUUAUCAGGAGCAGAGCACACUGGAUGCCGAGAAGCCAUUUGUCCUGCAGCAACACACUAAAGCCAUUGACAGGCUGUUUGAAGGCAGCAGUGUGGAGGAGAUCCUGGAGAAGCUGCAGAAGGAUCAGUCUGCGUUUGCACAGAAGCAGGUGGAGACUUUGUCGAAGAUGUCCCCGACGUCACUGAAGCUCACCUUCAGACAGCUGCAGGCCGGAGCCAGUCUGAGUCUGCAGGAAGUGCUGGUGAUGGAGUACAGACUCAGCCAGGCCUGUAUGAGAGGUCACGACUUCUACGAAGGUGUGAGAGCUGUGUUAAUUGAUAAAGAUCAGAGUCCGAAGUGGAAACCGGCGACGCUAGCUGAAGUCUCGGAGCAGUGUGUGGAGGAAAGCUUCGCUUCUCUGGGAGAAAAAGAUCUCAAACUGUGAACACUGCAAGAAGAAAGAAUCAUCUAUAGUGCCGUAGUUUAGCCAGGAACCCGAGCAGACAUACUUUACGUUCGUUCUUUCUGUUUGAGAAUAGAAAACGCUGAGACGUGCAAUAAACAUCAAUUACACAGAAAUAAGGAAUAACCAGGGGAAAAAAAUGCACCAUCUGAUCUGCUGACUCGUUGCUUAAACAAGAACAUGGUGCUUCCUUUAAGAUUCAACAUUCAGUUAUUAGGCUGUAACUUUCUCUUCAUCCCGUCUACUUGAAAUCCCCUGUUCGACUUCUCCACACCACACUGUGCUUUAUAUCCUCCUCGCAAAUCAGCCGUGGCCGCUUCAGCUCCUUUAUAAAAAAAAAUAAUAAUAAAUCUGCAGUAUGAAGCGGCUCGACAAAAAAAAGAUUUAUUUAUUUCAUUUAUUAACUGACAGUUGUGACCAAAUGCAUAUGAAUCAUCCUGUGUGCAUAAGAACUCAAAUCAGUAAACAACAUAAUAAUACAUUCA